AUGAGCGAGAUGGGAGCCGGUAAUGGCGGAGAGGUGCGGGUUUGCACUUUUCUUCAUCAUCGUGGCGACUUCUGGAGGCGCGCUCAGUCCCUGCUGGGCACAGAGCGGGCCGCGCUCUGUCAGGGAGGCGUGAUGGGAAAUCAGAUGCAUGGGUGCCCGAAACGGAUCCUGUCUGAUCAAGGGCGGGAUUUUGUAAAUGAGCUCAAUGAUUCUCUGUGCUCUCUGCUGGGCAUUGAGAGAAGCGUCACCGCUGCGUACCACCCACAGACUAAUGGGUUGGACGAAAAGACCAACCACAACAUCAAGAGAGCUUUGAUGAAGUUGGUGAAUGAGCAGCAGAACAACUGGGACACAUUCCUUGAUGCCACACUGUUCUCUUUGAGGUCAAAGGUGCACAUCUCAACCAAACACACCCCAUUCCAGUUGAUGUAUGGGCGGGAGGCUGUGUUCCCCUCAGAGGUGCCUGUAGAUUAUCCUCAGGUGGGGGACCAUGACUGUCACCCCCUGCAGGACACUCUGCUCUGGAGAGCAGCUUCAAUUCACCAGGACACUGCCAAAUGUGACAGCUACACACCAAUGGAACUUGAGAGUGAGAAGGCGCUUGACAUACAAACAGAACAGAGCAAUGAGGGUAUGCCCCAUUGGGCAGUCUUUAUUCAAAGUUCCAACCCAAAGUACAACAAAGGAAAGCAAACAGCAAAGCCAACACUUGAGGCUGACCAGGACAGAAAGCCAACGCACUGGCCUUCAGGAUCUGUGAACUCUUCGCGUAUCCUGAGCACAUCACAUGCAGGAAUGACCUGGCUCCCAGUCGUCCCGAGCACCAGCUAA